UUGUGCCGUUAGAUGGCAGUGUUGUUUUAUUUAAAAAAAAAAAAAAAAAAAAAACAGCAGUCCCCUUUCAAUUGUUGUCCGUGUGCGGAACCUUUGGAUAUCGGCUGUUGGUGAUGACGGACUAUAAUCGGCAACGUACCCUCUUCGAGCAGUUGUUGUAGCAACCGUUUAAUAGAGCAACAGCGUGGAAGUGAAUGCUUUGUUCGUAAUAGCAGCUGAAUAUAAGUUGAAGUCCGCUAAAUUCAAUUUGUAUUCAUCUAACUUUUACGCCGAGCAGAGUUGGAUAAAGUUAGCUUUAGCUUAAUUGUCAGACUUCAGUUAGCUAAGUGCUAACGUUAAAUUAGCAAAAUACGUACAGUCCGUAUCUUAUUGAGUAGGUAACAUUAGUUGCUCAGCAUGUCGGCUGUCAGUAGCCUCGUCCCUGCACGGUUCUUGACCAUCACAGCUCACCUCGUCAUUGUUAUCACUAUCUUUUGGUCGAGGAAAAACAACGUGAAGGCUUGCUUGCCCUUGGAUUUCACGCAAGAGCAGUAUGAUGAUGAAGACAGGAAAUUGGUGGUGGCACUGGCAGUCACCCUCGGUCUGUUUGCUAUAGAGUUGGCUGGGUUCUUCUCAGGUGUGUCCAUGUUCAACUGCAGCCAAAGUCUCCUGUCACUGGCUGUUCACUGCAGCGCAUCCAUAUCCUUAUCUUUCUUUGUGUUUGAGAAGUGGGAAUGCUGGACUUAUUGGGUUAUUUUUGCCAUCUGCAGUGUGCUGCCGGCUUUUGUGGAGAUUCUUCUGUUUAUAUCUGUUUUUGGCCUGAAGAAGAAACCACUAUAAAAGACAGUCCUGAGGUGAAAUGCUACAAAUAAGGGUGUUGAUAUGACUUAACAGAAACUGUAGCCACAUGUCUGAUUUAUUUCUAAUGUUCCAAGGAAUAAACUUAAUAUUUAACAGACUUGUGUAAACAUGCUGCACUGACACGCAUCAAACAGAUGUACAAGCUGAUCUCUGUAAUGUUUAUUUUUUUAUAUUGUAUAGAUUUUUUUAUAUAUAUUUUGGAUAAAGUAAAUUGUAGAAAAGAUAGUACCCUUGUGUUAAUUUGUCAGUAAACAAUGAUGCAGUUUUUUUGUUCUCACAUUGUUGUCACAUUUCUAUGUAAAGUCUUAGAAUACUGUUGUAAUCCAAAUACAUUUCAUAUAAAUUCUUUCUUAAAUCA